AAAAUACUUAACUUGUAGUUUAACCUGAUUUAGUGUAGGUCUAAAUGUAGAACGCAAUGUUCUAAUAAAAGGAUUAUAAAACAAUAUAGAUGGCAACAGUCAUGUAAUAAAAAACAAUAUAGAUUGCAACAGUCAUGUAAUAAAAAGGAUUUAUACAAUAAUUUGUUUGAUUUCUUUUGUUCUAUAUGGACAUUCUAUAAUCAUCAGUUACACGUAUACGGCUAAUCUAAAAUGGGCAGCGGGCCGUCGUUUCCAAUUGUGCCAAUGACACGAGAUAAAAUAAUCCUUAUCACCGGUGCGAACUCUGGUCUCGGUUACGAAAUCGGCAAGUGGUCGGCCAUGAUGGGGGCGACCGUGAUACUCGCGUGCCGCUCCGAGUCUAAAACAAAGGAGGCUAUCGUUAAAAUGAAUCAAGAGUUUCAAGCGGAAAAAUCUAAGGAGAUCUCCCGGUUGUCCGAGAACACAACUUUAGCGCUGGAGUUUAUGCAUCUCGACCUAGCGUCGUUCGAAUCGGUGACAAACUUCUGCGAAGCAUUCAAGAAAAGUGGCCGAAAACUACACGUGCUCUUCUGCAAUGCGGGUAUGGCGUUUAUUCCUUACCAAAAAACAGCAGACGGCAUCGAAAUGUUGCUGCAGGUGAAUUAUCUCAGUCACUUUGUAAUGAUCGCCAAAUUGCUUGGCGUCAUGCAACAGUCCGGACCCGACUGUAGAAUUCUGCUUAUGUCUAGCGGCGCGCAUAAAGCGGUUACCCUCGAUUUGAAGACCAUGAAUUAUUCCGGACCACCUGACGAUUUUCCCAGCUUUAACUACUACGGUAGAUCCAAACUCUACCAGAUCAUGCAAACCGCCGCGUUGGGUCGCAGGAUUUCCGGUUCCAAUGUUACUAUAAAUAGCAUUCAUCCGGGCAUUGUCGACACUGCAAUCUGGCGUGGGUGGGACACAGGGAUAAAGAAGUGUUUGUUGUGUUGUAUGCAGUGUUCUGGGGUGGCGAAGUCGGCAUUCCAAGGUGCAAAAUGUUCGAUUGACCUCACGGUUAACCCCAAACACGCCGGAGUGAACGGACUCUAUUGGGUGGAUUGUAAAAUCGUCACACCCAGCAGCGACGCGCGCAACAAGCAGAAGCAGGAGGAAUUGUGGGAAACUACACUCGAACUAGUUCGGCCAUAUUUGACGGAAGAAGAGAUGAAGAGAAUUAAUAUCGAAAUUAAGUGAUUUAGUCUGUGUAAAAAACUGAUUGAGAUUAUAAUAUUCUGAUGUGAAAUCAUGUUAUCACUAAACUCAAUAAUAAUAAUAAUAAUAAUAAUAAUAAAAAUAAUAAUAAUAAUAAUAAUAAUAAAAAUACAUGCCUUAAUUAUGAGCAAACUUGAUCUGUCAUAAUUCUGACACAUAAAUUUAUAUGUAGACAUGUUUACUGUUAAUAAAUGUACUUCUUCUAUGCAUUUCUUCCGCGAUGUAUGUGAAAAUAAACUGUAUAAACCCUCUGAUUGACAUGUAUUGCGAGCGCGUAUGGCGGGAACAAUUCUUUUAAUUACAUACAUGUUUACCGGUGUAAUGUGCAUAUGUAAAUUUUUAAUAUAGCAAAUACUCAAAGUCGAUAGAAACUAAAUAUAAAACUAAAUAUAAUAAUCGCAAUAUAAUAAAUUCAACUAAUUUUCAAUCAGCAAUCCGGUAAUACAUUUCAUUUUACAAAAAAUAUUCAUUUUAUCUGGACUUUUCGUUUACUGCAUGUACUUGUAACUGUUUAAAUAUAAGUCGUACGUGUUUAUAGUAGUGUGUCUUGCGGCUCGGUAUUUUAUGAAGUUUUUCAAAACAUUGAACAUAAAAACAGACAAAACAUUGUCUGAAAGUCAAUUCGUCUUCAAUCCACUUGUUAGCUAUGCUUGUUUUAAUAUGUCAUAUAUCUGUAAUUGCUGUUUGGUUAGAAAAAAAAACAUGCAUACACUGUUGUGAAA